AUGCGAUGCGCGAGCAAGGCCGCCGAGAGAGCGUCCGCACGUCUCUGCGCUGGUCAUGAAGACACUCAUGUCUUCACAGAGUAUGAGCUCGGUGUCUCAUACUCUCCUGAUACGGAAGACGGAUCCGUAUCGACGGCGAUUGGGUCUAAUCAGCCUGCCAAGCGUGGCAUGGAUGAUGCUAUGCGUCGUAGCAUCUUUGGUUCAUCUGAUGAAUCAGAUGAACCAUCGCCAAAGCGAAGGCGCUCGAGGUCGCGAGACUCGGGCGCUAACAGUGGUGUCGGUUCUCCUGUGGACACCACUUCGCAACGAGGUGCCAGUACUUCUGUCGGCACAUCGCAGGAAGAGCGGGACCGCAAUGUCUUGCGUCUCGCUCCUGAGAAGAAGGCAUAA